GCGCGGCGCGGCUCCAUGGCAGGUAGCGGCGCCCUGGGCGGCGGGGCCGGGGCCGGGGUCGGCGCGGGCGCGGGGUCCGGGCCGGGGGCAGGGACGGGGGCCGCGCCGAGGGCGCCCCGGGCGGCGCUGGCGCUGGCGGCGGCGCUGCUGCUGGGCGCCUACGGCCUCUGCGCCCUCCCCGGCCGCCGCCCGCCGGCCGCCCGCGCCCCGGUCCCCGCGCCCGCGCCCGCCCAGCCGCCCAGCGACGCCCGCCGCUCGGGAGCGCCCGGCCUGCCGGUGGCCCGCGGCCCGGGCCGGCGGCGCCUCCCGCAGGCGCUGAUCGUGGGCGUGAAGAAGGGCGGCACGCGGGCGCUGCUGGAGUUCCUGCGGCUGCACCCCGACGUGCGCGCGCUCGGCGCCGAGCCCCACUUCUUCGACAGGUGCUACGGGCGCGGCCUGGCCUGGUACCGGAGCCUGAUGCCCCGUACCCUGGAUGGACAGAUCACCAUGGAGAAGACUCCCAGUUACUUCGUCACCAGGGAGGCCCCUGGCCGCAUCCACAGCAUGUCCCCUGACACCAAGCUGAUUGUGGUGGUGCGGAACCCCGUGACCCGAGCCAUCUCCGACUAUGCACAGACCCUAUCCAAGACCCCAGGCCUGCCCAGCUUCCGAGCCCUGGCCUUCCGCCAUGGCCUGGGCCCCGUGGAUACGGCCUGGAGCGCGGUACGCAUCGGCCUCUAUGCCCAGCACCUGGACCACUGGCUCCGCUACUUCCCCCUGUCCCGCUUCCUCUUUGUCAGCGGUGAACGGCUGGUCACCGACCCAGCUGGGGAGGUGGGACGCGUACAGGACUUCCUGGGCCUUAAGCGCAUGGUCACCGGCAAGCACUUCUACUUUAAUGCCACCAAGGGCUUCCCUUGUCUCCAGAAGGCCCAGGGGAGCGGCCGCCCUCACUGCUUGGGCAAAUCUAAGGGCCGGCCCCACCCCCGCGUACCCCAAGCUGUGGUUCAGCGCCUGCGAGACUUCUACAGGCCCUUCAACCGCAAGUUCUACCAGAUGACUGGCCAGGACUUCGGCUGGGACUAAGCCAGGCCAGCCUUCCUGUAGCCAUGCCUCACACAGCCCGAGCGGGCUGGUUGUACGCAUGGCGUAGACAUAAUAUUUAAGAAAUACAGUUUGGAUCAGUAUUCUCCCACUCAACCUC